CAAUUCACGACAAUUUCGGACUGCAGAUUAUCAUUCUGAAAUGAUCAUAUGACCUAUUGUAUGCUGAGUAUAAGCAAAGUGAGAAAUGGUAGUCGCUAAACAGUUGAACGGAAUGCUGGGGAUAGGACCCGCGAUUUAUUUUCUAACUUUAAUGUCUUGAUGGUCGACUCAGCAGUAAGAAGGAGAACCAAGUAUUAGACUUGAAAAUCCUUCAUUCAUAUGUAAAUAAUGAAAUUGCAUUUGUGAUGCUUUUUGUACAAAACUUAUUUCGAGCUUCCGUUCGGUUGCACUUUGGAAACCGAGGACUGGUCAAAGAGGCCAACGACCUUUCGUUUCCCUCUGCGUGCCAACCGGUAAAGAAAAAGCGAAGGAAAGACAAUUGCAUCGGUCACGAACUUGAUCAUCAACACUCCCGAAAACUUCAGCAAUAGCGGUACGACGAUGGUGAUAUUUCUUAUAAUCGAAUUGCUGUUUUUAUCGACUUCCUCCUUGUUCGUGGCUCCCGAUUCUUCUUUGGAAGCUAGUGGAUCCGGCACCGAAUCAUCCGUGGUCAUUCGCAGGUGAGAAAAUUGCAAAGGACUUUUCGGUAUCGUCGAGAAACUAGGUUGUGAUUCCAGCUUGGUUGUUCCUCCGGGGAGAAUCCUUCUCGUCGUCGGUCUGGACAGGGAAGAAAAAGAUCGUGCUUCCUCGCACCAUAUAAAGGCGAGAAACAAAUAUAGAGAGAGCGAAUAUCGGAACAUGGUCGUUGUUGCAUGUUUUCCUAUUUUUGAUCAAACUGUGGUGUUUUGCGGACAAACCGCAAAAUCGUUUUGAAAGAAUGCUGUAUUCGAGUUUUUCAUGCCAAACAAAAACCUGUCAUCCUGAAACGGGAAUGUUCCUCACUGAGUUCAAACAUACGUACUAUGCACUAACUUUUUGAAAAAGCGUGUCGCAAGAUCCGAGUUUUGAAGCCAAGACAGGUUGUGACUUCAACAAAGAAGGCGCGGAACAGAAAUAAAAGAAGGUCUGAAUUCCGCGCGAAUCAAAGAGUAAUAAUGAAGCUACCUAAUCUACAUUAUAAAGUAUGUAUCGUAGGGUAUGAUGAUGAUCCAAUUCCAAGCCAGAAGCCAGCCUAUUCAAUUUAUUGCACGAAUACUUAUCUUAGUGUCUCAGUUCGCCCAGCGCGCGAACGAUUGCUUCGUAGGGUAUUUAUACUUGCCCAGUAGGUGCCGUACCAUGUUCACGACGGAGUGAAACUUUCACUCCGGCCAAUCAUUUCAUUGACAGUACAACUUCGUACACUCUGUACAACAGAACAAAACAGUACAGUAUGGUGCGGUUAUUUUACUGCUUGCAAACUCGGAAUGCCAGCACACAGAAAUCAAACAAAAAAGAUCACAAGAAAAAGCGAUCACAAAGCAUGUCAAGCAAGCUCUUUCUUGGUACUCGUACUUCGUUCUAUAUUCUCCAACGAUUUGUUGAGUCCACCGUACACGUAAACCCUAGCUCAGUAAAAUCAAAGGAAUACAAACAAAGCAAUCAUAUUUCCUUAUUAGAGCAAAAAAUACCAUUGCGCAAAUGAGUCAUAGUCCGAAUUUCUCCUCGGUUGCCGGUUCUCCGAAUCGCCCGGCAGCUCCGUUCGACAGCGAUGGGGAAUCGAUUAUGGUGAAUUCCACGAAGUAAGUACGCGUGGUUUGUGUCAGAGAAGUCGGAUUGAAUAAUUAGAAGAUCGGGCUGGCUCUAUUGUAUGAAUCCGCCCAAGGAACUCGGCUAAGCUUCUUACUUUCGAUUGCUUUGCAGGUCAGAUUUUUUGGAGCAAAGCAACGACUUCAUCAGCCAUCUCUCCAGCGCAUCUUGGAUUGCAAUAGACGAAGAAAUGACCGGAAUUCAGUUGCCUCCCGGAGAAUCCAAGGGGAUCUCCAAACAAGACACACCUGCCGAUCGGUACCCUACCUUAAAGCAGGUGCCUGAGCGAUAUUCCAUCAUUCAGUUUGGCAUUUGUUUGUUCGAACACAAAUCUUCUUCGGAAACUGAGACUUCCGAUGCCGCUUCGUUUCACGUCCGAAGAUACAAAUUCACACUUUUUCCUCCGGAUGAAAGAACUUCUAGAGAGAUCACGCUCAGUCCAUCGAGCAUCCACUUCUUGUUGCAAAACAACAUGGACCUGAACUUGUGGGCGCGAGAGGGAGUCCCCUUUUGCACACAAGACGGAGCCGCACGAUUCGUUGAGAAAUUUCUGAAGCACCACGAAGAGGUCGAAAGUGCAUCCAAUACCACGCCAGCGAAACCACACCGCAAGGUAGUUCUGACAAAAGACGACGAUAAGGAAUUCCACGCAAGAGUCAUGUCUAGUUUGCGGGAGUGGCUGGACGCACCCAUACCCGGUGCAGGCACACAAGGGGCAGAAGGCAUUAGUUUCUUGCUCCCGAGAUGCAAUUCCUUUUUGCGCCGGUCGCUUUACGAGUCUAUUGAACGAGACUAUCCUUACCUGAUAUUAGAACGUCAUAACAACGAUCAAAUCCGUGUCUGGAGGUGCACCAGCGAAGAGAGGGCGAGGCGUAACCAGCGCUUGUUGGUAGAAGGGUACAGCAAAUUGGUGCAAGAAAAAAUUGGUGCGCAACGUAUCUUUCUGGCCCUGACAAAGGCAUGCAGCGGCGAGCCGAUUCGUACCAGAACAGAGCACAUAAUUUUGGCGCCCGAUGCAAACGAGGCUGUAAUGGAUUUUAGUCCGGGAAAACGUCUCUCGAACCGAAAGAUUCCCCUCGUCGUGCACAAUGGGUUGAUGGACAUCCUGUUUCUCAUGACGCACUUCCAUGCGCCAAAACUCCCCGAGACCUGGAGGGACUGCAAAAGUCUGGUCCAUUCGUAUUUCCCGUUGAUCUACGACACAAAAAUCAUGGCCCUGGAUUACUGUUCGUCAACGGGUCGCACGCGUCUUGACGAUGUUUACGAACAGGCGGUCGCAAGCCACCCGCACUGGAAAAACCGCAUAUUCAGUCUCAAUGGACAAGCCCAACUCGACAAACAGUCCCACGAUGCCGCGUACGAUGCCUACAUGACGGGGGUCGCCUUUUGUGCACUUUCGUACGGUAUACAAGACGAGUGCAAAAUUCCCCCGGUUGACGCAAGCUCCGAGUUUGCACUCUGGGAUUGCAGCACCGAAGACUUUAGCUUUUCUAGAAGCAUGUACGGGAGGAACAAACUCUACUUUCAUUUAUCGCCGUAUACGAUCGACCUCGAGUCUCCCGAGCUGGAUCCGCUCGGAAGGGGAAUGUCCCACGAAUCUACGUUUCUCGUGUCCGACAUUGACCCAUCUGUCUCGUCGAGGGAUAUUGCCAACUGUCUCUCCCGACUGUACGAUUCGAGCAACCAGCGGGUCAACUUUGAUGUCAUUUGGGUGAACGACACCACGUUUAUCGUCGGCGCACAAAUUGUGAGCCUGAUCGAGGACCCCGAACGAUUCGAAGAACACGGGUGGUUGAUUCUUGAAGCUCUGAGAAACCGAUUCAACAAGAACGAAACAAUAAAGUCGCUUCGUUCCGUCACCGAGAAAGCUCCGAACACGAUUUGGAAUCUCUGGGGACUCUUGGGAAACAGCAGCAAGAGCGGCGAGGAAAGCAGUGAAUCGGAAGGAGAUCCUCGGCCGCGAAAGAGAGCACGCCGCUCGUAGGAGGACUUUCGGAGAUGGUUGUUUGCUUCGGACGAUGAAACUUUUUGAAGUUUUGCCUUUCGGACGAGCUAAGUCGUCAUGUCGCUCGAUUGCUCACCGGCUAAUCACUGAUCGAAAUGAUGAACGAGGAUCAUAGCUUGUUUGUCGUUAUAGUAUACGAUACUUUCAGCCCAAAAAAUAUCCUCUAAAUUUAAGAUUGGUGGGAUCGCUCGAAAGGUGUGUGUUGAAAUUUCAACAGAAACUAGGCUGAAACGGUAUGUGAUGUCUGCUUACUUACAAAAGUAAUAGAAUGGAUUUUGUUGUACUGCUAUCAAAAAUAGAGUAAUGCAACCAUUUGAAAACUAGGAAUAGGGUACCAAACUCUCCUUGCUACUGCACGAUCGAGUUACCGGCUUGAGACGUAACAUACGGUUUGUACAACUGUAUCGUACACGUCUUAAUAAAAAUGAAACGGUAGGUACGUACUUACGGUAAUUGGAGAAAAAGAAUUUUUGGAAAAGUGUCGCAGUGGUGGUGCGAUCCAAUCGAAUCCUCGCAGAUUAGAUG